GCGGGUGGCAAUGUGAAGGUCGUUCCAAAAAUCAACAUGGCUGACAGUCUAUAUUGGCGAAUGUUUAUUUACGGUGUUUGGGGUUUGGUGUUACUGGCUAUAUGUGUACCACAAUUUUCUGAUGGAUUGAGAUGCUAUUGUGAUCACUGUGAAAACAAAGUCCUCAAUAACACAUGUAUAGCAAAGCCAAACACCAAGUGUUUUGUCUCCUUAAGAGUGUCAGUGGAAGAGGAUGGAGAAAAAUAUGAAAUUAUGACAUAUGGCUGUCUUCCACCAGAUAAAGUCACCAUGGACCAGUGUAAAGGCAACUUGGUACCUCACGAAGUACCCAAGGUGGUUGAAUGCUGCGACUCCCAAGACUUCUGUAACCUUCAUUUAAACAUCACAUACAUGGAAACUAUACUUCCUGAAGAGGAAGGGGUGAAUAUCAAAGAAACAGAUAUAACCCAUUUGGCUCUCAUGAUCUCUGUUUCUGUAUGUCUCAUCAUCUUCAUCAUCACCAUCACAAUUCUCUACAUCAGACAUCGUCGACGUGAUGAAUAUCCAGAGCCAUUCCUUAAGGAGGAGCAUGACCAGAGUGAAUCGUUUAUGGGUCAUGGGGAUUCUCUACGGGGACUUAUCGAUCACACAUCUGGCAGUGGAUCAGGAUUACCUUUUCUGAUUCAGAGGACAAUUGCCCGACAGAUUGCUCUAAGCAAAAGCAUUGGUAAAGGAAGAUACGGAGAGGUAUGGAAGGGGAAAUGGCGAGAGGAAAAUGUUGCUGUUAAGAUAUUCUUUACCACAGAAGAGGCCAGCUGGUUCAGGGAGACUGAGCUCUACCAGACCGUGCUUCUACGACAUGACAACAUUCUAGGUUUUAUCGCGGCCGACAUAAAGGGAACAGGAUCAUGGACUCAACUCUUCCUCAUCACCGACUACCAUGCCCACGGUGCUCUGUAUGACUACCUGAAGAUACACAUUCUCGAUCAGGACGACAUGCUAAAACUUGCCCACACUGCCUCCUGUGGCCUGGCACAUCUGCAUACCGAAGUGUUUGGCACAAAAGGAAAAGCUGCUAUGGCACACAGAGACAUAAAAAGUAAAAACAUCCUGGUGAAGAAAGAUGGCAGCUGUUGUAUAGCAGAUUUAGGACUCGCAGUUAGAUACAUAAGUGAGACCAAUGAAGUGGAUGUGGCCCAUAAUUCACGUUCCGGCACCAAGCGUUACAUGGCUCCAGAGGUACUAGAUGAGACCAUGAACAAGACACACUUUGACUCCUACAGACAGGCAGACAUGUACUCUUUUGGUCUGGUGUUGUGGGAAAUCGCCAGGCGUUGUGUAUCUAAUGGUCAUGUGGAGGAGCACCAGGUCCCUUACUAUGACUGUGUACUCAAUGAUCCUAGUUUUGAUGAGAUGAGAAAGAUUGUGUGUGUGGAAAAAAUACGACCAGCUAUUCCAAACAGAUGGUCUUCAGAUGAGUACCUACGAACAAUGUCAAGAGUAAUGCAAGAAUGCUGGGCACACAAUGCAGCAGCUAGACUCACAGCUCUCCGUGUGAAAAAGACUCUGGGUCGACUUAGUGAGCAGCUUCAGAAAUCCACGAAGUCAGACAGCUAGGACUGUGUGUGUAAGCCUC